AGCUCAGCUCAGCAGAGGCCAGAAGGAGGAGAGAUGGAGAAUGGAUCAAAGAAAUGGUGUUUUCAGGCAGACAAAGGCCUCAUUGCAGCGUCAUCGAUAACCGUUCGUGGUGUUCUGAACACUAUAAUGGCUAAUCUGAACAAAGAAGACGAUAGACCAGUCAUUCCUCUCGGCCAUGGCGACCCUUCUUCUUUCCCAUGCUUUCAUACCGCUUCUACGGCUGUAGAUGCUAUUAUCGAGGCUGUAAAUUCGGCCAAAUAUAACUGCUAUUCUCCAACUGUUGGUAUUCUUCCUGCUAGAAGGCUUAUUGCAGAUUACCUUAAUCGUGAUUUCUUCCAUACAAGCUAAUCGCCAGAUUAUUGUUUUUUGUUACUCGGGGCAUCCACAGCUAUUGAAAUCACGAUUUAAUUCAGGUUUUGGAUAGAGCCGCUAACAUUUAUGCUACCAAAACCAGGAUUCCCAUUACUAUUAAAGCUAUUGCUGGACGUAAUAAUAAUGAAUUUGCCUUUUGAUCUUUUACCUGAUAAGGGCUGGAGGUUUGAUCUCGAGGCUGUUGAGUCUCUGGCAGAUGAGAAUACUGCUGCUAUGCUUAUAAUAAACCCUGAAAUCCUUGUGGACAAUGUCUACAGAUAUGAACACUUGAAGAAAAUUGCAGAAACAGCUAGAGAGCUUGGAAUUAUGGUGAUUGCUGACGAAGUAUAUGGGCAUCUUACAUUUGGGAGUACUCCAUUUGUUCCAAUGGGAGUUUUUGGAUCAAUUGUGCCUGUUCUUUCACUUGGAUCCAUAUCGAAGAGAUGGAUCGUUCCUGGCUGGAGAAUUGGUUGGCUUGUUGUUAGUGAUCCUAAUGACAUUCUUCGAAAAUAUGGGGUUGUUAAUUCAAUAAUUAGCUAUCUCAACAUCUCAUCUGAUCCUGCAACAUUCAUUCAGGGUGCAAUUCCAGAAAUCCUGGAGAAUACAAAUGAGGAUUUCUUUCUGAAAAUUCUCAACUUACUGAGAGAGGCUGUAGACAUAUGCUGCGACGGAAUGCAGGAUAUUCCUUGCAUUACUUGCCCGAAUAGACCACAAGGUUCUAUGUUUGUAAUGGCAAAAUUGAACUUGUCACUAUUGGAAGGCAUUAAGGACGACAUGGACUUCUGUCUCAAGCUUGCUAAGGAGGAAUCAGUCAUAGUUCUACCAGGAAUAUGUGUGGGAAUGAAAAAUUGGCUUCGCAUAUCUUUUGCCAUUGAGCCUUCAACUCUUGAAGUUGGCUUUCGGAGAAUAAAAGAUUUCUGUGAAAGGCAUGCCAAGAAGCCGUGAGGACAUGCAUGCCAUUGAUCCUCGUCAAUAAACGGAUUUCCUUCUUAAAGAUCAACAACUCCGCGUUGGAUCUCGAGGGUAAGUGCCAUUAGAUGUCUAUUCUAUCAUCAAGGAUCUAAUUCUAGGUUGGAUCCUUUUGGUAAUUAGUAAGUUGUUGUUUGUUCAAGCACAUAAUCUCCAUAAUGGAUGAGAGUAUGUAAUUCAGAUAAUGGAAGUCCUUGAACUAUGUUAGAUGUUGUUGGUAAAUCUACCAGUAAAAUUUCUGAACUUUUUUA